ACUCUCUUCCCACCCAUCAAAAAGUCAUCGCGUAUCCCCCCUACCACCCUCGCCACUACCUACCCGCCAUUACCAUUCAGAUCAAUGGCCGCUGUUGAGGAUCCCAAGAAGACCGACUCCAGAGUGAGGCCCACGAAGCCUGACCAGACCGCGUUCGAGUCUGGAUUGGACGCUCUCGAGAAGGAGCUCAAGGCCAAGAACGAGAAGCAGGAGUACUACCAACACCAGCUGAAGGCCUUGUCAACUGACUCUCCUCAGAACGAGAAGCAGCAGGAGCUCCGCGCAUCCCUCAAUGCGAUCAAGCAGCGUCAGGCUGAGAUCCGCGCCGCCAACGGAAAGGUCUUUGACGAAAUCAAGGCUCUUGACGAAGACAUCAGACGGAAGAUCAAAGAUGUCCAGGCUGCCAAGUCAAAGCUUAACUUCAAGUCUGCUGAUGACCUCGAUGCUUACAUCAAGAAACUUGAGAGCCAGGUUGACUCCGGAACCCUGAAGCUUGUCGAAGAAAAGCGUCUGCUCAGCGACAUUACAUCUUUGAAGAAGGCCCGCAAAACCUUCUCUAGCAUUCGUGAGAUCGAGCAGUCGAUCGCCGAGAGCAAGGAAAAGGUCGCCGCUCUUCGCUCAUCGAUCGAGGACACCGAGUCCAAGGAACUUUCUGCCAAGCACUCCGCCAUCACCACCGAGCUCAACGCUAUCCGCGCAGAGACCGACAAGGUUUACAAGAACCGCUCCAGCUUGGUCGAGAAGCUCAACGAAGCCCGCAAGGCCAGAGAAGAGGCUUACAACAACUUGAGAAAGUUCAAGAACGAGUUCUACCAGCAGAAGAGGGAGUUCGGUAAGUACGAGCAGGAGGAGAGACAGCGUCGUUGGGAGCGCCAGAAGGCUGAGCGUGAGGCUGUCGAGCGUGAGCGUCGGAAGAAGCGCGCUGCUCAGAAGCUCGAGUCCGCCAGCGAGCCCGCCUUCGAGAACGACAUCAAGCAGGCCGAGUCUUUGCUCCAGUACUUUGAUCCUACUUUCAAGCCUUCUUCGGGCGAUCUGACCGGCGCCGGUGCUGCUGAUCUUGCUGCACAGGCCAAGCGCUCUGUUGAGGCCGCCCCUCCUCCCGGAACUCAAGUUCUGUCUCGCAAGCCUGUCGAGGAAGAGGUCUACUUUGUUGCCAAGAAGGGCAAGAAGAAAUCUGGCAACGCUGCUCAGGCUGACAAGGAGAAGUUCACUCUUAACCUCGAGAUUGUCAGCUCGCUGAGCAAGCUUUCCAUCGGCGUGCCCAUGAACAAGGAGGAAGUUCCCGCGACUGUUGAGAGCUUGAGAGAGAAGAUCACGUGGUUCUACGACAACCAGGAGAGAGUCACUGCUGAGAACAUCAAGAAGGCUGAGGCCGAAAUCGAGCGCCUGGAGAAGGAGGCUGAGUCCGAAGGUGCUAAGAAGUCCGAGAAGCGAUCCAACAAGCAGAACGGAAAGGCCGAGAACGGAGAGGCCGAAGCCUCUCCCGAGGUCACUGAGACUGCUGCUGCUGCUGAGGAGAGCACUCCUGCUGCGGAGUAAAAAAGCAGGAAAUCUGAGAGUUUCUUAUGACGAUGCCGUCUGAAGUUAUCAGAUGGGUGUAUCUUUGAAGCUUGGAUAUGUAUAAAAAAGAAAUCUCGCCUUCUAGUUAUUUUGUUUUGGUAUAUUGUUCUCAAUCUUUGUUUUUUCCAAAAAUGUUAUAGAUGUUUCAUCCGACAUACACAAAAGUGGAGAAUGUUAUUGAUGCAGGCCGAUGAGUUAUGGUGGUAUGCUUUGCUCGGCAAGCACCUUUAUGUAUUACUGCUGUGAAAUUAUUUAGUCAUUUUGAGAUGCCCUCUUUUCUUUGUAAUUAUGUUCUUUGGCAUAUACCGUGAUUUAGUUCUUUACUCUUCAUGAAGACAAUGCUUCAAAGGCUAUCGCCCUUUGCUUAUAAUUAGUGAACCACAAUUGAAAAAACAGAAGUGAACGUUUCA